UUAAUGUUUACUCAAGCCUCUAGUCCAGAAGUAAAUGCUUUGUAAAUAUAAAUUAAGGCAUUUACGAAUUAAUCGUGCGUUGCUUUUAGUUCGGGCUAUGGAUGAUUUACCGAAAAGUGAUGAUUCCUAUAGCAAUAGAGGGUUUGUUACAGGUUACCGAGUUGUUCUCAACUAAUAAAUCAAUAGCAUUAGAGCAGUUACUUGAAUGUUAUGUGUCGGUGUCAGUGAAUUCCGACGUUACACCAGCAGAUUUGGUGUGUUUGUGAUCUAAAUGCAGCAUUUACUGGCAGAACCCGUCGAUUCAUAAAUGUGUCAAGUCAUGUUGACCUGAAUGAAAAGGCAGCCAAAAAUCCAAGGGAGUUUGGUUGGACUCGCUUGCCAUUUAAAUGACAGAUGAUGCCGUACUUACACCCUGUUCUUUGACCCAGAUAUUGACAGGUGAUGUUAGUGCACUACUUUGCUGAGUUUCUGUACUGUGAGGCUAACGGCUAGCACGAUAGUUCGACUGCUUGGAUCCCGGGAUUGUGAUUUAGGCCGUAUUGACAAAACGGUUCGACGAACUGCAUUCAAAAAUCCGGGAAGUUAAUGCUCCUUUAAAGGUCUAGAAAAGAAUUACACACUUUUUAAGAAUAACGUAAAGCAUUUAAUUUAGUGUUGUUUUCUAUUCACCAUACAAAUAAUGCGCCCAACAGUAGUUAUUAAUGUAAAAAGCAAGGUUUAUUAGUGGUUGUCCUGUUUUCUUAAUCCCGAUUUAUUCAACGAGUAGUAGCAUCAUAGCAGUUGCGUGGUUGUGUAAAUUAGCUUUAACUCUACAUCGUAACAUUUCGCUAAAGUGCGUUGUUUAAAGGGGCCGUGUGUAAGUUUUCUCUGCCGCUGAACGUGGUUUCUUGCCGGGAGCGGGCGGUGGUGAUGCUCGCUCCCCGAGAGCUUCAGCCAUCGUUGGGUUUAAGAGCAGAGCUACUCCUCAGGCCAGACCGGACGCUACAGUGAGUCGCUAUCGGUUAGCUAUCGGUUAGCAUGCUAACUUCGGUAGAACGGAAGAAGUGACGGAAAUAGAAGCAAAACCACAGUGGACACUGGCGGUUCUUGUCACCGCUGGUCUCCACCGCUGGUCUCAUCUGUUGGUGAGUAAAGGAAUGAAGUUUGAUGCUGAACUCACAACGUUUCCCCCGGACUGGUAACCAGGAGCGGGGUUGGAACGACCCCCCUCAGUUCUCGUACGGCCUUCAGAUGGCCCGCGGACAACAGAGGAACUCCCUGAGCAAGAGAGCAGCGCCACCUGUUUCAGGUGCAGGAGCUCCGCCCCCUAUCCCUCCCUCCUCCAACCCUCUGGCCCCACCCCCGUGUCGUGUAGCCCCGCCCCCUCCACACCCAGCUCCUCCUCCACCUGGCUGCAUGGCCACACCCCCGCCUCCUACAGGACCGAUGAGAAGUCAGAGAGAGGCUGACAGCAGCCAAUCAGAGAGUGAGCCUGAUGUGGAGGCCGUAGUGUUGGUGUUGAACCGAGCGCUGGCUGCCUGCACACAGACUGUUAAAGCUCAAGUGUGUAAUGAUGUGGCAAAGAGACUCCGCCUCCUGGAGGACGGCUGGAGGUCAGGUAGACUAAGCCUACCUGUCAGGAGACGCAUGGACACCCUGGCUCAAGAGUUGCAAUCAGGUCAGUGGGACGCAGCUGAUGAGGUCCAUCGCUCACUGAUGGUCGAUCAUGUGACCGAGGUCAGCCAAUGGAUGGUCGGCGUCAAACGACUCAUCGCUGAGACCCGAAAGCUGAGCCCAGAACUCCUAGAACCAUUUCAGAAACCUGCGGAACCAGUCCAGGACCCAGCGGAACCAGUCCAGGACCCAGCGGAACCAGUCCAGGACCCAGCGGAACCAGUCCAGGAUCCAGCGUCCCAGUCCUGACUCUCUUAAUCCUGCAGGACUCUCCAGCAGGUUUCUUUCUUCUCUUGAAAAACUUUGACUUUUUUUAAUCCAAAACCAGGACCUGGUGGCGAUAAUUCUCACAUUUACACUUCAGCAGAGGGUCAAAGAUCAGAACCCCAGGUAGGGGGUCAUUGGUUUGCUCAAGGAAACUCAAGCAGGGACAGACCUACUAUUCAACUUGAAACCCUUCUGUUCUGCGCUAGACUAUAUCUGGACUCUGGACUCCAGUCUUUGAACUCUGGACUUUCGACCAAGGACAUUAAAGUCUGGACUCUGAAAUUUAGACUGUGUCUGGUGUCUUGACUCCGGACUUAAGACUCUGACCUCUGAACGAUAGACUCUGAAAUUUAGACACUUUGGAGUCUCAACUCAACACUUGAAACUCUGGGUUCUGAACUAAGGACCCUAGACACUGGACCUUAGACUCUGAACUCUGGGCUUUGGACUCUGGACUCUGUGUACUUUUGUGACUCUAGACGUAACUCUAGACUCUUGACCUUGAACACUGAACUCUGGACAUCCUGGACUCAGAAUUUUAGAUUAUAGACUCUAAACUCUGAACUCUUGUUUCCAAAUUCUGACCCCUGGGCUUUGGAUUUUAGACUCUGAUCUGUAGACUUUGGACUCUUGACUGUUGACACUCUGGGCACUCAAAACUCUGGAUUGUGGUCUCAAAACUCUGGACUUUAGACUAUGUGCUCCAGACGUUGGACACUCUGAUACUCUAAACUCAAACCUCUGGACUCUGGAUUUUAGACCCUGGGAUUUACCCUCUGAAAUCUAUACUUUGGACUCUUCAAACUCUGGGCACUUGACAUUCUGGACCCUGGUCUCUGGACUCCGACUGACCCUGUCAUCCAUCCCAUUCAGCUACUAUAAACACCCUAGGUCCAAAUGGACCUGUGUUCCCUGGAGCCAUACGUAGAAACCCACUGUAAAAGCCACCGGGUGUGGUAAUGGACAGUGAUUUAAAAUUGGACAAACAGAUAAACUCAGUAAUCAAAUCUAGUUUUUUCCAGCUGAGGCUCGUCCUUUUUAUCGCUUAAUGAUUUUGAAGUGGUUAGACGUGCUUUCAUCUCGUCCCGACUUGACUGCUGUGAUGCCCUUUAUGUUGCUGUUAGGUUUUCCUCUCACGCUGGCAGUCGGUCCAGAAUGCUGGAGCUCUUCUUUUGACAGGGAGACCACAUGUCCCCUGUCCCGGCCUCCUUUCACCGGCUCCCUAUAGCUCCAGCCUGUGUCUCUGACCUUUUACAACCACACGUCCCGUCAAGGUCCCUCAGGUCCGCUGACCAGUUGCCUCUGGUUGUCCCAAGAUCAAGGUUGAAGCACAGGGGGGAUCAUGUCUUUGCAGUUAUGGUCCCCAAACUCUGGAACAAGUUGCCUCUGCAUGUUAGGCUGGCCCCUAGAGGGCCUGUUUUAAAUCCCAUCAUAAAACACGUCUUUAUCCCUCGGCUUUUACUGCUCUUUGUGUUUUUAUUGUGUUGUCAUAUGGAUUUUGCUGUUCUGUUUUGAUUUCACUUUGAUCAACCGUUGUUUUUAAUUGUGCUUUCUAAGUAAAUUUGACUUGACUUGACUUGACUUGACUUGACUUGAAACAACCCAGAACCCCAAUAUCUCCGGUCUCUCUCUAGAUUCGUGACCCUGAACGAUCUAGUGAUGUUUCCAGCGGCCACCGCAGAGCUCUCCGCAGUGUCAGUAAAGCUCAGUUUACAGUUUCAGACUGUGAUGAAGGGAAUCAUGAACUGGUUUUGAGUUUGUCAGUAACAAACUGUCUUUACCUUCUAGUCACGAUGGAUCUGAUGUGGGAAUAAAUCUUUUUCUCUCCUUUCUA